CGAAAAUAGUAAAUAGGAGGAUGAUAAUAUUAUAUAAUAUUUAUCAUCUAUAGAUGCUAGGGUGUAUUCUAUAAUUAGUUCUUUACAUUCCUCGCGUUUGAUCUUCAUAUGGUCACAUACCUACGCAGAUUGGAAUGGCAAUGCGGCGCAUUCAGCACGGGCAUGGCUGCAUUGUUCUAAGCUUAGACAUUCGUCAACUGAGGAAUGGGGACAUCCUCAACUAUUUAAGCUGCUCUUUUCCUAUCAUUUAUAUCAACAACAUCAACAACAACUCCUCUCAAUGAAAUUAAACACUCUCGCCCUUAUCGCUCUCGUUGCCGCUGUCUCUGCUGCACCAGCGAAUGACCACACUAACAAGGGUGCCAAUACCAAGAACACAUCUGUCUCAGGCAAAGAUGGAAACUACCAAGUUAAUACCAAGAAUGCAAGUGCUAGCGCAGGUGAAACCAAGCAUGAUGAUAAAGGCAGCAAGCUUUUUAGACGUUUCGGACAUGGCCACGAAGAACAUGGCCAUGGACACAGAGUUCGUCAAGAAUGGGGAAACGAACUUAAUGACGAGAGAGCACAUAAGGAGCACAAACAUGGCCACAAGCAUGGCAAAGAGCACAAGCGUCAAGAGGAUGAGGAGAAGAAACAUGCAGUUGUUGGUAAGAAGAAGGAGGAAGAGGACCACCAACACCAUGAGAGAGGUUUUGAGCACGGUCAUGGCCAUCAUGAGCAUGGCCAUGGUCCAAGAGGCUUUGAACAUGGUCACGGUCACGAACAUGGACACGAACACGGCCCAAGAGGAUUCAAGGGUGAACACCACGAACACGGUCACGAGCAUGGUCCAAGAGGAUUCAAGGGUGAGCACCACGGUCACCACGAACAUGGCCACGGUCCUAGAGGUUUAGAACAUGGUCACGGCCACGAACAUGGCCACGAACACGGUCCAAGAGGUUUCGAAGGUGAACACCAUGGUCACCGUGAACACAAUGAUCAUCACGGCCACCACAAACGUCAAGAAGAUGAAGAAGAGAAGAAGCACGCUGUAGUUGGUAAGAAGAAGGAGGAAGAGGACCACCAACACCAUGAGAGAGGUUUCGAACACGGUCAUGGUCACCACGAACAUGGCCACGGUCCAAGGGGCUUCGAAGGUGAACAUGGUCACGGUCACCACGAACAUGGCCACGAGCAUGGUCCAAGAGGAUUCAAGGGUGAGCACCACGGUCACCACGAGCAUGGCCAUGGCCCAAGAGGUUUAGAACAUGGUCACGGUCACGAAAAUGGCCACGAGCACGGCCCAAGAGGAUUCAAGGGUGAGCACCACGAGCACGGUCAUGAACAUGGUCCAAGAGGCUUUGAACACGGCCAUGGUCACCACGAACACGACCACGAGCACGGUCCAAGAGGAUUCAAGGGUGAGCACCACGGUCACCACGACCACCAUGGCGAGCACCACAUCUAAAAAGAUCAUGUACUGCCCAUAAUCUGGAAAAUCUAAACUAACAAUUUCUGCUUUUGUAUCUCGCUUUUAAUAAGUAUAUUAAAUUAUGGACAAUUCAUACUUUUU